AUGGCCAUGAAUAGGCUUGAGACAGGCUUCACAUGGCCAACAAUUAGCCUUCGUGAAAACGAGGGCGACGCGAGAUCACUCCCAGAGUUAAUCGACUUCCACGCUAGAGAGAACCCAGGUCAUCGAUUCUGCAUCCAGGCACAGAAAGAUGGAGAUGCACCGCUACUAGACAUUACAUAUACACAACUGAAGCAUGCUAUCUUACGAUGCCAAAGCUGGCUCUGUGAAAAUGUGGCGGAGAUCCAGAUGCAGAAUGGCAUAAAGGACCGGCCUGUUGGCCUGUUCAUGGACAGCGACCUGACACUUGUUUUAUACCUUUUUGCAUUAAUGGGUCUAGGGAUCCCUACCGUCUUGCUCUCGACCCGACUCAGUGCGGAAGCCGUGAAACAUUUAAUGCAAAACACGCGGACAAGCGCGAUCCUUGUCUCUGCACGGUUGAAUGGCACGGCCGAUGAGGCACUGUCGUCAUGGGAUACGAAUGAUUCCAUUCCGCCGUCAAAGUACUUUCCCGCUGCCUACGAGCAGUUUUUGACAGAAGAAGUAUCACCAUCACCUAAGACUGUGAGCUCACAGAACAAUGUCAGUCGUGAAAAUUACUAUGUCUCGGAAUCGGACUGUAACGUGCUCAUACUGCACUCUAGUGGGACUACAGGUCUGCCGAAACCAAUCUAUACCUCUCAUCGGCAUUAUCUCAGCUUUGCUCUUUGCCAUGAGUUCAAGAACAAGGAAGAAAUGUUGUCACCAGUCCUAUCGACAUCUCCGCUAUUCCACGGAUUUGGACUGCUACCACCAUGCCUGUCAUUGGGCGUGGGAAAACCGUUCUGCCUUCCAGAAGCAGGCACCAUUUUCACCGGUCCAUCAACAACACAGCUCUUGCGAAGUAGCGGCGCAAAAUCACUACUUACUGUGCCAUCGAUCCUGGAGGAAAUCGCUCUCCUACCAGAUAAUGAGGGAAUCAAUGCUCUGAAAGAGCUUCACUUCGUUGUUUUCGGAGGCGGAUUGCCCAAAGAGACCAUAUGUGACAAAUUAACAGCUGCAGGGGUGAAGCUCCUCAAUCAUUAUGGCGCUACCGAAACAGGGCCUUUGGCUCCUCUAUACGUGCCGCAAACGAAGUAUGACUGGCAUUAUUUCAAACUGCGUACUGACAUCCAGGACGCGCUGCAGGUUCGUCUUGAAGCCAUCGGCGAUGAGGCAGAUCAAUGGAAACUGAGUCUACGGCCAGUAGGCUGGAAUGAACGGUUUCCAAUCCAAGAUAUCCUUGUUCCUCGUCCUUCACCAGACUCUGACAAUGAGUAUACAGUGUUGGGCCGAAGUGAUGAUCUUAUCCGCUUGGCCACAGGCGAGAAAGUCCGUCCCACAAUCCUCGAAUCCAUGCUGGCUCAAAACGAGGCCGUCAAAGCCGCGGUAGCUUUCGGGGACAGCCAAUUUGAAAUCGGAGUGUUGAUCGAGCCGACGUUUACAAUCUCGUCUGUCGAAGAGGAGAAUAAAUUAAAAUCCUCUCUCUGGCCAAUCAUUCAGCAGGCUGGAGAGAAGAUGGACUCCCACGCUCGCAUUUCGUCUCCUGAGGCAAUUGCCGUGGUACAAGCAGGCAGCCUCCCUCGAUCUGAUAAAGGCACGGUGCUGCGACGAGAGGUCAACCAGCGUUUCGAAAAGGAAAUUGCGGAAGUCUACCGUAGACUUGAUGCGGUUAUAGACUAUUCGAUUCCGGCUCUCCGAAUAGAUUCGCUUGAGGACGACCUCCGCAAGCUGAUUAGCGACAAUCUAAAAUGGACAAACAAUAGUGAGUUGACAGAUGAACGGGAUUUUUUUGAGCUGGGCAUGGAUAGCCUCCAGGCAACCAUAUUGCGCAGGUUACUUAUAUCAUCUCUACGUGACGGGCUCUCUAAGGUUUCAAUCGGCCGGGAUUUUGUCUACCAACAUUCGUCUGUUGCUAAACUUGCCAAAGCCGUGAGAGAGGGAUGCCAGGAUCAGGCCAUGGCAUCAAUAGACGGUAGUUUCCUCGAAGGGUUUAUCGAUACCUACUCCCUGCAGCUACCUCACGUAAAUGGUGACCGCAACGCCGCAACUGUCCUCCUCACUGGCGGCACCGGUAGUCUCGGAUCCCAUUUCCUAGCUCACCUCGCUCAAGAUCCCGCGGUACGUCGCAUCGUCUGCCUUAAUCGUCCAUCCAAGCCAGGCCAAGACCCGUAUGAGCGACAGGUAAUGGCCCUUACAUCAAAAGGCCUAAGUGUCACCCCGGAAGAAUGGUCCAAGGUUACCGUAUUUGGAACCAACACCAACUCCCCCAAACUAGGGCUGUCUGAGGAUGUUUAUACCUGGCUAUGUGAGCGAAUCACUCACAUCGUCCACAACGCCUGGCCGAUGAAUUUCAAAAUGCAAGUAUCCUCGUACGAAUCUCAGUUUCGCGUGAUACAGAAUCUUUUGCUACUCGCUAGAGAGGCGAAUAGUCAUCAGCUUUCUAGAAAAAGAAUGCGGUUUCUCUUCAUCUCAUCCAUAUCUGUUGUUGGACGGUAUGGAAAAUUUACUGGAGAGACAAUCGUGCCCGAGACGCCGAUAGAGGACUUUCGGGCAGCGCUCGAUCUCGGAUACGCGCAGGCCAAAUUGGUCUGCGAAAAGAUCAUUGAACGAGCGCGUGCCGAUUUUUAUGACGAGAUUGAGGCUGGCUACAUUCGUGUUGGGCAAAUCGCCGGUGCUCAAAGGGGAUUUUGGAACGCAGAUGAACACUUUGCCAGCCUUGUUGCUUCGUCAGAGACGCUGGGACAACUUCCGGCAAUUCGCGGAACACUCUCCUGGCUUCCUGUUGAUCUAGCCAGUGCCGUGCUGAAAGAAAUCAUUUUCAACCCAGAGCCUCUGGAGCUCGUCUAUCACUUAGAGAACCCAGUGCGACAGCCAUGGAACGAGGUACUCGAUAUUCUAGCCUCAGAGUUAGAUGUGGAUAAGCAGCGUCGUAAGCCUAUGGCCGAGUGGUUAGAGGAAAUGAGGCGGCGGCCCGUAGAUGAAAGCAAUCCUGCCGCCGCACUCGCAGAUUUUUUUCAGGAAGACUUUGAGUGGAUGUCUGGGGGGAGCAUAGUUCUGUCUACAGAGACAUCUAGACGGUAUUCGCCUACCUUGAGGCGAGCAGGUCCGGUACAGGAAGAGACCAUCCGAAGGUAUCUUCAGUUUUGGAGGGGUAUUGGUCUCAUUCACCAACGCAAAAAUCAGGUCGAACCUUCGAAUCCCUCUUCUUGUUCUUGA